AUGUUUGCAAAUGCGCACCGGACAUGGUGCUUUGUAGCGAAAUCUCACCUACGGCCAAAGAGAUUUGCUACGGCCUCUAAAGCCACACAGAAGACUAAUGGAAGAUCGAACGCACUACUGUAUGGAUCUACUUGUGUAUCUAUUGGACUAGCACUUUUAUAUUACAAGGUUUAUCACAAAGGAUUACAAGCUAUGACGCCUGUGGAAGAAGGCAUGCACUUUCUCAAACACGACUGGCCACAAAACCAUUUGUUGAAAGGAUUUGACCACGCGAGUCUUCGUCGUGGUUUCCAAGUGUACCGAGAAGUGUGUUCGCAAUGCCAUUCUUUGAAUCAAGUCGCUUGGAGAGACCUCGUUGGUAAUACACAUACGGCGGAUGAGGCCAAGAAAUUAGCAGCGGAAGUUGAGUACGAAGACGGGCCCGAUGAGGAAGGAAAUAUGUUUAAGCGGCCUGGAAAACUGUCGGACUAUAUGCCUGCACCAUACCCUAACGAAGAAGCAGCUCGAGCAGCAAAUGCAGGAGCCCUUCCUCCAGACCUGUCUUCUAUCAUUCGUGGACGACACGGUGGUACAGAUUAUGUGUAUUCCCUGUUGACGAGUUAUGUCGAUCCUCCAGCGGGAACAAAGCUUGGUGAAAAUCUGAACUUUAAUCCCUUCUUUCCCGGUACACAAAUUGCCAUGGCUCGUCCACUGUUUGAUGAAACUGUUGAGUUUGAAGACGGGACACCAGCUUCAACGGCUCAGGAGGCCAAGGAUGUUGUGAACUUUCUGCAUUGGGCUUCUAUGCCAGAGCUUGACCGGAGAAAAAAGAUGGGCUUUCAGGUGUUGCUAACACUUUCGUUAAUGUGGUCUGUAACCUUGUGGUUAAAGCGGUUCAAAUGGAUGCCCAUAAAAACUCGCCAAUUGGUUUAUAAGAAAAAGCCUUAA